AUACUGCAAACCACACUCUAUGAAAUUCUGGGGAAAUGCUCAAAAAUAGUGUUUCCAAUAUAUACCAAAAUACCCAGUUACUUGUAUAACUGAACAGUGUCACUUCAGACACAUGAUGAAUGUCACUUUUUAUUUCUAGAUGUUUCUGGGUUUUAACACCAAGUUUGCUUUAAAAAAACAAAACCAUUUCUAUCAGCACAAAGCUAAAAAAAACACAAAAGCUGGAGUAAUGGGUCGGUAAGCAUAAAAAGUGCCGUACACAGUGGAACUGGACACACGAGGAUCUCUGACACUGUUGACUCUUCAGUGGUUCCAUUUUCAGUUCUAGUUUGUAGGUACAGGUUUCAGUCUUCAACAACAUUGUAGUUUUCUUUUUAAAAUGCACUCCUUGGUUGUGCUCACUGCAUUACAAACUCAAAUCCAACAUUGUGAGAUUAUUUUUUUUUAAGUGUGUUGAAAUGGAGUUUUCUUGUGAUUCCUCUAUAUUCCUGUAUAUUUCAUGAUUGGCUGGUUAGAAAACUACAUGAACGUACAGGUGUUCCUAAUAAAGUGGACGGUGAGUGAACAUGACGUGGCUGAAACGAUUUCCAAAACACUUCAGGAGCAGCUAGCGAUAAAGAUUAAGAUGCCGCUCCAUCAGAAUCUGAGAGAGUUAUUGUUUUUGCGUGAAGAACGUGGAGGAGCUCCAGAGAGAGGCCACGUCAUCCUGCUCCAUCUCCUCAUCCUCAGAGCAUACUUCUCCCUCCUCACAUAGUGGAGGCGGUUCAGCUGGACGGAGAGAUCCUGCAUGCGCUGUGAAGCGAGUGUGUUCUGUGGCGUAUCGGCACCUGGACAAGCACAAGAUCGAGCCGGUGCUCUACAUGAUGGAGUGGUUCAUGUGGGCCUUCUCCAGAACUCUGCCCUGGGCCUCGGUCCUCAGAGUGUGGGACAUGUUCCUGUGUGACGGAGUGAAAAUGAUAUUCUGUGUGGGUUUGGUGGUGUUGACGUCCAUGCUGGGUACUCGGGAUAAGCUCAAGGCCUGUCCGGGUCAGUAUGAGACCAUGGAGGUCCUCAGAGCGAUUGAGCCUAGAUACAUGCAGGAGGGCUUCUUAGUGCUCCAGGUUCUGGAGUUGCAGGUAUCGGCACAGGACGUGGAACAUGAGCAACGCACGCAGCUGAAGCGCUGGAAGAAGAAGCACGGCAAGCCCGGCCCCAAACUCCCUCAGAGAAUGCACAGUGCUCGCACCAUCAUGGCCACCGAGCCUCAUACACACCAAGACCUCCGCCAGAAACCCACCAUUAUAGUCCAGUACCCAUCGAUCCCUGAGGAGAAGUCCGAGCCGAACCUCAGGAAGAAGAGAGGGAGCCUGAAGAAAAACCAAGCCCUCAUUCCGAACCCCUACACGCUACCUGGCGAGUCUAAACCUAGUCAGAUAUUGGACAUACAGCUUCUGAACCAGAAAAAUCUCAAUCUUGUACUUCCAAAUCCACCAUCGCAUCCACCACGGCUCCCUACAAUGCAGGAAAAUCAGGUCAAAGAGACAAGCACUUCUACAGAGCGACUCGUGCAGCGUCCUCGAAUUCCUCCAUCGAUAAGAAACUGGCGGAAUCUAUCCCACUGCAACAUCUAUCCCUCCUAACUGCUCCUGUACACGGAUCACCUUCAGCGUGGCGUCCUCACCUGCUGAAACGUCCUCCUGUCCAAUCCAGAGAACCUGACCAUGAUGAGCUCCCUAAUAAUACAGAAAACUCAGCCACCAUUUUGGAUCCAUCUACAGACUCAAGCCCUCUGCUAACGCACAACGCACCUGCCACCCACGACUCGCCUGCUGCUCCCGAGUACAAAAAGAACACUCAUUGAUUUUUUAUUUUUUUGUUGUGCGUGUUAAACAGUGUGAUACGUUGAGGAAUUGAUUAUUGGCACACGUCUACUGAAUAGCAAGGAUCGUUAAGUCUUUAACGUGUUAUAGUUUACACCGGAGGAACUGCAAACAAUCUGAGAAAGGGAGAAACCCGUCAGCUACUAGAGGGCACACUUGGUCCAAAAAUGUACACACACUCCACAAAAACUCUGCAGUGCCUGAGGAGUGUUUACUCGCUCCAGUCUUCAGAAGGGAAACUACCUACAGAUUCACUUUUGAAAGACUUUCACAGGCAUCACAAACAUUUGUUUAUAUUACACUCGUAUCAAUUUGGCAGAUUUUUUUCUUCUUAAUCCGAAGCAACCACCACUUCUUUGUGUUUGUAUUUCACAAAUUUCCUUACCGCAUCUUACAAGAGCUGCACGACAAUCACAACAAUCCUGUACAAUAGCUACAGCCUUUUCAUUAACAUAAUCAGUGAAAUAUCUACUCUGUCUGUAUACUUUACGCGCAAACAAAACAACUCAAGCUGAGAACUUUAUUGCUGAUUCACGUUAUACCACACCGCCUUCUAAUAUAGAUCUGAUCUAUAUUAUAUAUACGUGUACCUUAGAUCACGCCUCUCUGAACGCCAUGGUGGGACGUUCCCGAGUUGAAGUACUGUACAAGUCCUAAGCAUUAGAUCACCCCAAUUACUCUUGUAUACUCUUUCCAUACCAUCGUGAUCUUUGCCUGACGAAACCAUACACAAACAUAUUUGACAUUUGGGGCCUAAUUCUAAAAUCACCACAUACCAAAUGCACAACCAUUUUGUCUUGCUGCCAUCACAAAAUAAAAAUGUUUAAACCUUAA